AAGGGAGGGGAGUUUGUUUGGACGGGAGCCCAGGCCGGCCUCCUCAGCGCUAGAUGGGGCGGAGCAGCACACAUGCGCUGAGCUGGCAGAGUCACAGUCAGUCAGGGCUGAUCCCUCCGCCCGCUGCGCCCGAGGAGAGGAGAGGAGACACGGACAGGCUCGCGUCCGGGGUGCUGGAGACCCACCUCACCACACACUGUCUCCAAGGACAACAUUAAGGCCCCAGGACUGGAAACGACCUGAGGAAAUCGCAAACUCGACACGGAGACACCAUCCGGACACGAAGCUGAGAAGGAGGACGUCUCCUCUCCAUCGCCUUUUGCGCACGACCACCCAUUAAAAACCCCUCUGGACCAGCGCCGCCAGCAAGCGAUGCACCUUGAUGCCAAGACAACGAUCACUCCGAUCGGUUUCUGUUUGUUUUUGAAGCGCAUCAUUCUUAACUAAGCAGUCAUUCCAGAGUCGAUAAUAACAGUACGGACACUGUGUUCACACACAUGCAUUUAACGGGUUUCUUCUUUAUGAGAAUAUUCUCAUGGCCUGAAACUGACAUAAACUAUUAAAUCCGCCGCAUUCAUUCUGGAUUGACGCCUUUUUUUUAAAUCCUCGCAUGUCUUGAGUUUUCUGCUUUCUCGAACACUGUCAUGCGUGUCCAGACAACAGUCUGAUGCUUUCAGACGGCAGUAGGUUCUUCAGCCACUGGUGACAGUGUCUUACAGGUUCUUUUGCAUAAUCUGCCGGGCCUUCCUUAAAAACUGACUCCCUGUUUUGCAAUCCAAAGGAAUUGGUGCAAACAUCCCCCUUGGAAAGUUUAAGGUGGAGACCAGUGCUGGGCCAUAACACAUCCAGAAGGUUUUACAGAAGGUUGCAGGCUCCGGACCGCAUGCCGUCAUGCUGUCCUUAGACGAGCCACUGGACCUAAAAGUGCCGAGGGGGUGGGUCAGUGGGCGGGACAGAGGCGCCAGGUCUCCGCCCACUCUCACACCCUCUCCCAUUCACGGCAAGGGGGCGGGGCAGCUGCGGAUGGCAGACGACGGGACUGCAGUCAUCGUUCCAGCGUCUCCUGCCUCUCCACACACAGCAGGUGUCCUGCAGGACAAGUCGGAGACCCCCACACCCCCCGCCGUGGACCUCAGCAUGUCCCCGUCCUCCCGAAACACAGCCUGCUCUCCGGAUCUAUCCAAUGGAAAUGGCUCAGCUCCCAUUUUCCCCGGGGACUCAGCUCAUAUCCGUUACAUGGAGGGAGGAGCCACAUCUCAAGCGUUCCAGUUCUUCGUGCCCAUUGGAGGAGGUGGAGGGCUUCACCUGCCUUCAUCGAUGUUCAUUCGGCAGCCCAAGGACACAAGAGCUUCUCCAGACCUCUCUGCAGAUGAACAGCUGGCCUGUCGCUGGAGGAAGUGCCACCAACUUUUUGACUCCUUGCAAGACCUGGUGGAUCACGUCAAUGACUUCCAUGUAAAGCCUGAGAAGGAUUCUGGGUACUGUUGCCACUGGGAGGGAUGUGCACGCAAAGGACGGGGAUUCAACGCCAGGUACAAGAUGCUGAUACACAUCCGUACUCACACCAAUGAGAAACCUCACCGCUGUCCCACCUGCAACAAGAGCUUCUCCCGAUUGGAGAACCUCAAGAUUCACAACCGCUCACACACAGGAGAGAAGCCCUACAUCUGUCCAUACGAGGGCUGCAACAAGCGCUACUCCAAUUCCAGUGACCGGUUCAAACACACGCGCACACACUAUGUGGACAAGCCCUACUACUGCAAGAUGGUGGGCUGCUUGAAACGCUACACAGACCCCAGCUCCCUAAGGAAGCAUAUCAAGGCUCAUGGGCAUUUUGUAGCCCAGGAGCAGGGAGGUCCGGGUGGGGUGGGCUCCCUGAUUAAGCCGGGGCAGAUCGCAGGGGCGGGGAAAGAAUCUGAGCUGACUUAUGUCAGUGGGGCCCACAUCAUCAUUCCUAGUGCUGCCGCUGCUCUCUUGGGCAGUCAUGGUCUGCAGGGUCUCGGAGGCUCCCUCCCUUUGUCCCCCCUCAGUCCCCGCCCCUUGGACUUGAGCACACUUGGCUGCCCAAGCUCCCCUCCAGCUGGGCUUGGGGGGACAUCCAUCCUGUCCUUCAGCGGUUCCCCGCUUGGUCUGACCAAGUCACACUUUCUGUCUCCUACCUUCUCAUCUUCCACGUUGGGGUUGCCCAUGGUGCCCAUGUUGGGCUCGGAGCACAGGGACCAUGGCAAGGGCAAGGCCAGAGGCAAGGAGGGUGAGGACGAGAUCCAUGGCGGUGUGCUCAACCUGUCUACGGGGGCAUCCCACGACCCCCUGUCUUGGGUUGUCAUCCCUUCUGGCCCGGUGGUGCUGAAGCCAGCUGUGGUCAACUGAGCACCACAUUCCAGAGGAAUGGCAGGGGAAGGGUGGGGGUGGAACAGGGGUCAGAGGUCAGAGGCAAGCCUGUGGGUUUUUUUUACAAAGCAAAUGCAGUUAUGCUUGGAGGUGACACAAUCUUUUUCAGCUUUUAGCGCUGCUUCAGUUCUAAUUUGUACCUUAUGGUCAGACACAGCUACCUGUUUCUUGUGAUAAUAGAGAUGGUAUCUUUGAAGAAAAUUUAGCGUAACGAUUCAGAAAGUGGCCAAACAUUCACCUCCGUUCCAUUCUCUUUCUCUCUUGCUUAUCUUGUUUACCAGGGUUGUCCACUGGGUUGUCCACUGUCCUGCAGAAUUUAGUUACAACCUUAACCAAACACAAACUAAACCCUACACUAGGCAGGUGAGUGGACCUUGAGGGCCAAGGUUGCCCACCUUUGGUCUAAACUCUGCAGGAGGGUGUCCCCCCAGAAACAGGAUUGGACCCUAAGUCUUGUCCGCUUUGUUUUUUGUUUUAUGAGAGCACUGAUCUAAAGGCAGACUUAAGAAUCUGUGCCCUUGCUUCAAGAGACAAUUGUAUUUAUGUUUAAGAGAAACUUUUGGACGACAGUGUACGCAACACACUAAAGACACAAACGUGUGCUAUUAUUCUUCAGGAACUGACCUUCAAGGCAUUCCAUGCAUUAUGAAAAGACCUCUGAGUGUAGAAAGCCAGAGCUCUUUGAGGCUAAAUCGCAUGGGCCAGGUCAGGUUUGCAAAGGGGUGCUGAGGUCGUAGGUCAGGCGAGAGCAGCUCAUUUACUGGCCCAGUAGUGUCCAAUUCUGGCCCUGGAAUGCCACUUUUCUGCAGAGUUUAGUUUCUACACACUUGGCUGUAAGUUUGUAGUGAUCUUGAAGGCCUUGAGUAGCUGGUGCAUGUGUGUUUACAUAGGGCUAGAGCUAAACUCUCCAAGACGGUGUCCCUUUAGGAUCAGGAAUGGACACCACUGCUUCAAACUGUCCCGAGUUCCACCUCAGUCAGAGGGUACCCUCUGCAUCCCUCGCAAGUGAACUUCUUUAGCUCAAUGCUAUUUCAAGCUAUAUGACAAACCUUGCAUUUGCUGCUAGCUGUAUCACUGCAAUAUUAGCAUACAUCUUUGAAUAAACAAAUAAGUAUGAAUGACAAUCUGUCCUUUGAGGAGGAGAAAAUAGAAACCUUGACUAGCUCUAUUUUGUUGAAUAAGAGAUUUACAGACACAAGGCUCAGACUGACUGAGUUUUAAGUCAUACAAGGGCACAAACUUUCCAAGCGGUAAUGCUAAUGCCCUAUAGGACAUGGCACUGAUGUAACUAGUGCCAUCUUCUGGUCAUUACUUGUACUGCACACUACUAGUUGAACCAAGGGCCAGAUUUAACAGUAUUGCCCUGCUUUGCAGUAUACUAGCAUGGCAGGGUAAAACAAAUAACUUUUGGUUGAUGCAGAAUAGUGGAAUGUUUAAAAUAAACAUUAUCCACAACCCAGUGAACAUGUUGACAUGUGCAAUAUACUAGUUUGGGUAUACUGCAACAAUUAAGGGCCUAGUUUAGUUUCUCAGUUUGUUUUCACAGUUUGUCCCAUAUUAAAUCACUGUGCUAAAAAUCAAAUUGUAUACCCAGAGACUAAAGUAGAGACUUAAUAAUAAAGUAUAGAAAGCACUAUUCAGGUGGCCAAAAGAUAGCAUUUUGAUUUAAGACCCUUUCACAUGACCCACAUCAAUGUUCUCCAAGGCAUCAAACUCUAGAGCGAGGCAUCAAGUUUCAGCACCCCUCCUGACGUCACCUUACACAAAUGGAGCUGUAGGCGACCCUCCAAGUACUAAAAAUUUCACAUUGGACCCCAUUUGCCUCUGAUUUUCCCUAGCUUCAUGAUCUAUCGUGAUACCGCAUACAAAUUGAAAAUCAAAACUCAAAAGACAGAUUCUGUGCUAGAUAUUAGGUACAUUAAGUUGUACAGCACAGCCUUUAAGGCAGAUUUUCAUAUUCUACCUUUUAUGGUGCUAUCUGCAAAGUCCUGAAGUGGGUCAUGUGAGUGAGACUUUACACAGUCUUUGUCAUACUCCAUUGAUGAUCAAUGUGUCGCGAUCAAGACCUCAUUCAGAUUAAAAUAACGCUCUUAAUUAAGUCUUCUCUCCUGAACUCAGACACGUAAAAGUCUCUGUCCGCUCAGGAGAAGUACUUCUGUAAGAGAGAUGACAUAUUUGGAGCUUCUUUCCGUAAUGUCCAUUACUCGUAGAUUAGGAUAAAACAAAAUAGAGAAACAAACGAAUGUAAUUUUAAAAACAUUCCGACUGAAAUAAUCGCACUUCUUUAAAGCAUGCACCCUGCCCUCCCCUCCAAACCAUUUUAACACUCAAGAGUCUUAUUCCAUAAUUAUUUUUGUCUUAUUGUUUGUGGAAAACUAUACAGUUAUUGCCGUUUUGUUUUACUGACUUUUUUUGUUUUGGACGUGACAUUUCCUGAUGUUGAAGUUGCUUUGUUUCUGCUAUUGCUACUCUGUGUUCAGCUUUCUCCAGCUAGUGAAUCGUGAGAAAAGAGGGAGAAGUGACAGAAGGUGGUGACGGAUGAGUUUGCGGGAAGGGUUUUAGUAAGAAACCCUCACAUUUAGCUCAUAAACAUACCACAAUGCUUGAAGUUUACAUACUGUAUAAUGUAUAUGUAAUGUAUGACGUCUAAUUACUGAGUAAAAGAGAAGAGAAAUGCACAGAAUUUUUUAGACAGCAAAAAGCUGGUGCUUCCUCCAUUCGCUCUAGCAUAACUGCUAGAAAAAAUGUCGCCACUGUCCAUAUCUUGAUCGUGCGCCAGAUUUCAAAAGUAGGCCACUGACCCUUACACGGCCCCAGAUUAUAUUUAUUUAUUCAGUCAAAGCCAAGAAAAGGUUAACCCUGUGCUUCUAUAAAGCCUUUUAGAAGAGAUAAGCGAUAACAUGCAAAUACAUGCAGUAAUCAAACACAAUCCUCUCAGGUUUGGAAAGAUUUGACUUCAGCGUGUAUUUAGGAGGCUUUACUGGAAAUGACGUUUAUUAACCCUUGCAUCUUUCCAAGAAGUUUCAAAUCUCUUCUCCUUUCUUCUCCUACUCCCUUUCCUCAUCUUGUUGGCUGGAGAAAGCUGAUACUGACACAGACCUGUCAAGGUCUACAUCAAUGUUCAAUAUCAGAUAAGCUGUUUGAACCUUUAACCCUUUGAGCACUCUGAAAACGGCCGCACUGUUUCACACAGGAGACUCCAAAGCCCUCGACAAAACGAUAGUGUGUUCCCAAUGACUAUGAACUUACUGCAACUGUAUGUGAGAGACCUAAGCAAUAAAUUGAAUGGCAAGGAAGAUGUCAAAGCUAGAUAUUUAAAUUAGAUAUUCACUCCAGUAAAACUCCAAUGACGUCAGAAACUAUAAACGGUACAUAAAUUAAACACUAUUUUCAAAUAAUGAAAAAAAUGCUCACACUAAAAGAUGUUUGUUAUAGGACACAUUCUUGAAGUGCCACAGAGAUGCACAAAGGGUUAACAAAAAGACUAUGGCCUGGAAAGGCCAGUAUCCAUUUUUAUUUUUUUCCUUUUUGCACAUUUUUGAGAUAUUUUAAUAUGAUUAUUAUUUUUUUUCUCCAAGUGCCUUUUAUUAUAGAUGAAAUGUAGAUGUAAUACAGUAUAUAAAAAUAAAUAAAUAUAUAUAUAAAUAAAUAUAUAUUUUUUCCCAGUAUCAUGUUCUGAAGCUGAACAUGCAGAAUUUUAGAGCUGUAAAAGUCUCCAGUUGGUACAACAUAGGUGUGUGCUCCUGUUUUAGAGGAUUUUUAUCACGAUAUUGAUAAGGAUGUCAAUGAAAAUAAAAGAAACAAAUGUUUAAUAAAUUUGCAUUUGAUA